AUGUCAGUGAUUCCAAAUCUUGUUAUUCAAACACGAUCGUACCCUGCCUUGAUAAACUCCUUUGGUGAACAUAAUUUGAAUGUGUCAAGCCAUGAUGGUGUUGGCCGGAACUGGAUUCGCGGUUCUGUCGUUAAACAAUCCAGUUUAUUGAAGAAGAAAUUUUAUGGGGCUAGGCUUUCAGAAACAUUCCGUCAACGGCAUUUUGAAGCACCGCGGUGUCAUCCGAAGCUUGGAAUUGUUCGGUCGUCGUUGUCGCAGGUGCCAGAGAAACCGCUUGGCCUCUAUGAUCCUUCUUUUGAUAAAGAUUCGUGUGGGGUUGGUUUUGUUGCUGAAUUAUCAGGUGAAAGUUAUCGGAAAACGGUGACCGAUGCAAUUGAGAUGUUGGUCCGUAUGUCACACCGAGGUGCUUGUGGAUGCGAAACAAACACAGGUGAUGGUGCCGGAAUUCUGGUUGGGCUUCCCCACGAAUUCUUUGAGGAGGUUGCCAAGGAUGUCGGGUUUCAGCUACCCCCACCUGGGAAAUAUGCGGUGGGAAUGUUCUUCUUGCCUACUUCUGAUAACCGGAGGGAGCAAAGCAAAAAUGUAUUUACAAAGGUUGCUGAGUCACUUGGGCACACUGUUCUUGGGUGGCGCUCUGUUCCAACAGACAAUUCUGGUUUGGGUAAAUCUGCUCUACAGACAGAACCCGUCAUUGAACAAGUGUUUCUUGCACCCAGUUCCCGAUCAAAGGCUGAUUUUGAAAAGCAGAUGUAUAUUCUAAGGAGGGUCUCAAUGGUAGCUAUCCGAGCUGCAUUGAACCUUCAACAUGGUGGUGCUAGGGACUUCUAUAUAUGUUCUUUGUCAUCUAGAACUGUUGUCUAUAAAGGUCAGUUAAAACCCACUCAGUUGAUGGAAUAUUAUUAUACAGAUCUUGGCAAUGAAAGGUUUACGAGCUACAUGGCCCUGAUACAUUCUCGUUUUUCAACCAAUACAUUUCCCAGCUGGGAUCGUGCCCAGCCUAUGCGUGUCCUUGGCCAUAAUGGGGAAAUUAACACACUUAGAGGAAAUGUCAAUUGGAUGAAGGCACGCGAGGGCCUUUUGAAGUGCAAAAAGCUUGGCCUAUCAAAGAAAGAGCUGAAGAAGCUUCUACCAAUUGUAGAUGCUAGUUCGUCCGACUCAGGCGCUUUUGAUGGCGUCCUUGAACUUUUAGUACGAGCUGGUCGAAGUCUUCCUGAGGCUGUUAUGAUGAUGAUCCCUGAAGCCUGGCAGAAUGACAAUAAUAUGGACCCUUGUAGGAAGGAUUUAUAUGAAUAUUUCUCAGCUUUGAUGGAGCCAUGGGAUGGGCCUGCUCUAAUUUCAUUUACUGAUGGUCGAUAUCUUGGAGCUACACUAGACAGAAAUGGACUUCGUCCAGGUCGGUUCUAUAUUACUCACAGUGGCCGAGUUGUAAUGGCAAGCGAAGUCGGAGUUGUUGAUGUUCCACCUGAAGAUGUCUCUAGGAAAGGUAGACUUAACCCGGGGAUGAUGCUACUUGUUGACUUUGAGAAGCAUGUUGUAGUAGAUGAUGAAGCCUUGAAACAACAGUAUUCAGUAGCAAGACCUUACGGAAAGUGGCUUGAUAGGCAAAAGAUAGAACUUAAAAGCAUCGUUGAAUCUGUUAAUAAAUGUGACAGGGUUUGUCCACCAAUCGCAGGAGUGUUAAAAGCAUCUACCGAGGAUGACAACAUGGAGAACAUGGGUAUUCAUGGUCUGUUGGCUCCUUUGAAGGCUUUUGGUUACACCGUUGAAUCCUUGGAGAUGCUUUUACUACCAUUGGCAAAAGAUGGUGUUGAAGCCCUUGGUUCAAUGGGAAAUGAUGUUCCCUUGGCUGUGAUGUCCAACAGAGAAAAACUAACAUUUGAAUAUUUCAAGCAAAUGUUUGCACAAGUUACAAACCCGCCUAUUGAUCCUAUCCGAGAAAAGAUAGUCACUUCCAUGGAAUGCAUGAUUGGACCAGAAGGUGAUCUUACUGAAACAUCAGAAGAGCAAUGCCAUCGACUUUCUCUUAAAGGUCCACUCUUAUCCAUCGAAGAGAUGGAAUCAAUUAAGAGAAUGAACUAUAGAGGCUGGCGCAGCAAAGUUCUUGAUAUGACUUAUGGUAAAGAACGUGGCAAACAGGGUUUGGAGGAGACCCUAGAUAGAAUUUGUUCUGAGGCACAUGAUGCUAUCAAGGAGGGUUAUACAACUCUGGUGCUUUCUGAUAGAGCUUUUUCAUCGAAGCGUGUGGCAGUAAGCUCCCUCUUGGCUGUGGGUGCCGUCCACCACCAUCUAGUCAAGAAGCUUGAGCGCACUCGAGUGGCUUUGAUUGUAGAAUCUGCCGAGCCGCAAGUAGUACAUCAUUUUUGUACCCUGGUUGGGUUUGGUGUUGAUGCUAUUUGUCCAUAUUUGGCGGUGGAAGCAAUUUGGAGGAUGCAGGUUGAUGGUAAAAUCCCACCAAAAGUAAGUGGCGAGUUCCACUCGAAGGACGAGUUAGUCAAGAAGUAUUUUAAAGGAAGUGAAUAUGGCAUGAUGAAGGUUCUUGCAAAGAUGGGAAUAUCUACUUUAGCCUCAUACAAGGGUGCUCAGAUUUUUGAGGCAGUUGGUUUAUCGUCACAAGUGAUAGAGAGAUGCUUUGCUGGAACACCAAGCAGAGUAGAAGGUGCAACAUUUGAAGCGCUUGCCCAUGAUGCUCUUCAAUUACAUGACUUGGCGUUUCCGGCAGGGGGGUUUCCUCCAAAGAGUGCCGAAGCAGUAGCUUUGCCAAAUCCUGGUGAUUAUCACUGGAGAAAAGGUGGUGAAGUUCAUUUAAAUGACCCCCUUGCGAUAGCAAAGCUGCAGGAGGCAGCUAGAGGUAACAAUGUUUCUUCCUAUAAGGAGUAUGCCAACCGCAUAAAUGAAUUAAACAAAAACUGCAACUUGCGUGGGCUGUUAAAGUUUAAAGAGGCAAGUAUGAAGGUGCCAUUGGAAGAGGUUGAACCAGCCAAUGAAAUUGUGAAAAGGUUCUCUACUGGAGCAAUGAGCUAUGGUUCUAUAUCAUUGGAAGCACACACCACCCUCGCCAUCGCCAUGAACAAAAUCAAAGGGAAAUCCAAUACAGGUGAAGGAGGUGAAAGUCCUUCUCGUUUGGAACCUCUUUCAGAUGGCUCAAUGAACCCUAGACGAAGUGCUAUUAAACAGGUUGCUAGUGGAAGAUUUGGAGUUUCUAGUUAUUAUCUUUCGAAUGCUGAUGAGCUGCAGAUAAAGAUGGCUCAGGGAGCAAAGCCUGGUGAAGGUGGUGAACUUCCUGGGCACAAGGUUAUAGGAGACAUUGCUGUUACUAGGAAUUCCACGGCUGGGGUCGGAUUAAUUAGUCCUCCUCCGCAUCAUGACAUAUAUUCAAUCGAAGAUCUUGCUCAACUGAUUCAUGAUCUAAAGAAUGCAAAUCCUUCCGCUCGAGUAAGUGUGAAGCUAGUUUCUGAAGCUGGGGUUGGAGUAAUUGCAAGUGGAGUUGUCAAGGGCCAUGCGGAACAUGUCUUGAUUUCUGGUCAUGAUGGCGGUACUGGUGCUUCAAGGUGGACUGGCAUCAAAAGUGCAGGGCUUCCAUGGGAACUUGGACUUGCAGAGACCCACCAAACACUAGUUGCAAACGGCCUUCGUGGUAGAACCACUCUCAUGACAGAUGGUCAGCUAAAAACCGGACGAGAUAUAGCCAUCGCUGCUCUCCUUGGUGCAGAGGAGUUUGGUUUCAGCACAGCACCCCUUAUCACACUCGGAUGCAUCAUGAUGAGGAAAUGCCACAAAAACACUUGUCCUGUGGGAAUUGCUACUCAGGAUCCAGUCCUUCGUGAAAAGUUUGCCGGAGAACCUGAGCAUGUCAUCAAUUUCUUCUUCAUGGUAGCAGAGGAGAUGAGGGAAAUCAUGUCUGAGAUAGGGUUUCGAACAAUAAAUGAAAUGGUGGGACGUUCGGAUAUGCUUGAAGUUGAUGAAGAUCUGAUAAAGAACAACGAGAAACUUAAGAACAUUGACCUGUCUCUAUUACUUCAACCAGCUGCUGACAUCCGACCAGAUGCUGCCCAGAUUUGUGUACAAAAACAAGAUCAUGGUUUAGAUAUGGCUAUGGAUCAGCGGUUAAUAGAACUCGCAAAACCUGCUCUAGAAAAGGGUAUUCUUGUGUACAUUGAAACACCAAUAUGCAAUGUUAAUCGCUCAGUAGGAACAAAUCUCAGUCAUGAAGUAACUAAGCGAUAUCGACAGGCUGGCCUUCCUGACAAUACCAUCCACGUCAAACUUAAUGGAAGUGCUGGGCAGAGUAUUGGAGCCUUCCUUUGCCCUGGUAUCACACUUGAGCUUGAAGGUGACAGUAAUGACUAUGUUGGGAAAGGCUUGUCAGGUGGGAAAAUAAUCGUUUACCCUCCUAAAGGAAGUCGAUUUGACCCUAAAGAGAAUAUUGUGAUUGGAAAUGUGGCUCUGUAUGGGGCAAUCAAUGGGGAAGCCUACUUUAAUGGGAUGGCAGCGGAAAGAUUCUGUGUUCGUAAUUCAGGGGCUAAAGCAGUUGUGGAAGGUGUUGGUGAUCAUGGAUGUGAAUACAUGACAGGAGGAAUUGUUGUUGUUUUGGGGAAAACGGGGAGGAAUUUUGCUGCUGGCAUGAGUGGGGGAAUUGCAUAUGUUCUUGACGUGGAUUCAAAGUUCCGCUCAAAAUGUAACUCUGAGUUGGUUGAUCUUGAUAAAGUUGAAGAAGAAGAAGAGGAUGUUUUAACUCUCCGAAUGAUGAUACAACAACACCAACGACACACGAACAGCCAACUAGCAAAGGAAGUCCUUGCUGACUUUGACAAACUCUUGCCAAAAUUCAUAAAGGUCUUCCCAAGGGACUAUAAACAGGUUCUGGCUAGCAUGAAAGAAAAACAAAUUGCCAAAAGAUCUGCAAAAAUGACUGCUGAAGAAGCAGAAGUUCGAGAGGAAGAUGAGUUGAAGGAGAAAGACGCUUUUGAAGAACUCAAGAAGUCAGCAGCCAAGUUGGUUCAAAAGAUCAAAACGGCUGAAAAGGUUAAAAAAGUUGAAAAGGCUGAACCACCUGUUAGACCAUCUCGGGUUCCCGAUGCUGUCAAAAACCGUGGUUUUGUUGCUUAUGAGCGUGAAGGAAUAUCAUUCAGGGAUCCUACUUUCCGGAUGAAUGAUUGGAAGGAAGUUAUGGAAGAGAUAAAACCUGGGCCACUCUUGAAGACUCAGUCUGCACGGUGUAUGGAUUGUGGUACUCCUUUCUGCCAUCAGGAGAAUUCUGGAUGUCCUCUUGGAAAUAAGAUUCCUGAAUUCAACGAGUUAGUUUUUCAGAAUAGAUGGCGUGAGGCUUUAGAUCGACUUCUAGAGACUAAUAACUUCCCCGAGUUCACUGGUCGAGUGUGCCCUGCACCAUGUGAAGGUUCAUGUGUUCUUGGUAUUAUUGAAAACCCUGUAUCCAUUAAAAGCAUCGAGUGCUCUAUCAUAGACAAAGCUUUUGAUGAAGGUUGGAUGGUGCCUAGACCUCCCCUCAAGCGAACUGGGAAAAAAGUCGCUAUUGUUGGGAGUGGUCCGGCUGGUUUGGCUGCGGCUGAUCAGUUAAAUAGAGUAGGCCAUUCAGUGACUGUGUUUGAGCGCGCUGAUCGAAUUGGUGGGCUCAUGAUGUAUGGAGUCCCUAAUAUGAAGACAGACAAAAUUGAUGUUGUUCAAAGGCGGGUUGACCUUAUGGCCAAGGAAGGUGUGAAUUUUGUGGUUAAUGCCAAUGUUGGAAAUGAUCCAGUAUACUCCAUUGAAAAACUCCAUAAAGACAAUGAUGCUCUUAUUUUGGCGGUUGGCUCCACAAAGCCAAGGGAUCUUCCUGUUCCUGGACGAGAGCUAUCAGGAAUACAUUUUGCAAUGGAAUUUCUUCAUGCCAAUACGAAAAGUUUACUGGAUAGCAAUCUUCAGGAUGGUAAAAAUAUCUCUGCUAAGGGUAAGAAGGUCGUAGUAAUUGGUGGAGGUGAUACUGGUACAGAUUGUAUAGGGACUUCAAUUCGACAUGGCUGCAGUAGCAUUGUAAAUCUUGAGCUUCUUCCUAAGCCACCCAAAACGAGGGCUCCAGGCAACCCUUGGCCUCAGUGGCCUCGUAUAUUGCGUGUGGAUUAUGGACACCAAGAAGCUGCUGCAAAAUUUGGCAAAGAUCCAAGAUUGUAUGAGGUAUUAACUAAAAGGUUUAUUGGUGAUGAGAAUGGGGUUGUGAAAGGAGUAGAGGUGGUCCGUGUUCACUGGGAAAAGGAUGAUAAUGGAAGAUUUCAGUUCAAAGAGGUUGAGGGUUCUCAAGAAAUCAUUCAGGCUGACUUAGUUUUGCUAGCCAUGGGCUUCCUUGGUCCUGAAACGACAAUAGCUGACAAAUUGGGUUUGGAGAAAGACAAUAGAUCAAAUGUGAAGGCUGAAUAUGGCAAAUUCUCAACCAAUGUACAAGGGGUUUUUGCAGCAGGAGAUUGCCGUCGGGGCCAGUCUCUUGUGGUGUGGGCCAUUUCUGAAGGCAGGCAAGCAGCUGCUCAGGUUGAUAAGUUCCUUAUGGUGGAGGAAAAAGACAUGGAAACCCGUUUGCUAGAUCAGCAAGAUAGUUCCAACAAAACGGUUAGAAAUUAG